AUGCCUCCUCCUGUACGCGCUGAGGUAGCGCUGGUAUCCCUCCAGAAUUGCCUCGUCAAUCUACCCCCGGGACUGAUUGCGUUGAUCAGCAAUACCAAUAUCCCAGCUCAAAAUGUUGUUGUCGAACUGCAAUACCGGUCCCAGACUCUUUCCUCUGGCGCCGUCUCCAGUGGCAAUACUGCUGGCUUUCAACGAUCUGCUUAUGUUGGUUGGACUGGCAUGCCUAGCCGGACACGACCAGCGUCGCUUCUGAAUAACGAUCGGGCGCGGCCGGGGAGCAGGGAACAGGAUGUUCAAACCGUUGAGAUUGAUGCGACGUUUGCAAAGUUGCUCGGACUCUCAGAAGGCCAGAAGAUUGGCAUUUUGGUUCAUCUUGACCCGCCUGUCGCUCAUAGCAUCAACAUCGAGCCAUUGACACCUGCAGACUGGGAAGUUAUUGAACUGCAUGCCACUUUCCUGGAGUUAAACCUUCUAUCUCAGAUUCGUGCACUACCCAAUCCCGCAUACAGCAGUAAAACUACCGUUCAAGCGGAACAUACCCAUCCCUUAACUCUACACUUAUCACCAACGUCAACCGCAAAUAUUAUCGUUACCUCCCUGGUACCGCCUGUUCCAAACACCAUCCCGUUUGCGAAAAUAGCUCCGGAUGCAGAAGUCAUUGUUGCCCCCAAGACCCGGCCCAAAUCUACCAGGAGUGACAGGCGAGAUGCGAGGAGCACGGCAAGCAGGCGAAGCGGCAAAAGUGGUGUCAGCAACGCCCGGAACAGAACAGGUCCCGUGAGACCUGCAUUAUUCAUGCGCGCAAUCGACCGAGCAAUGGCAGGCAGCUUUUUCGAUGAAGACCAGAGCAUAUCCCAAAACGAUGACAAGCUCUGCAUCUGGCUCAGUAACGAAAUGAUUGCAUCUGAAAGCCUCAGAGCCGCUACAUGGGCAAACAUCACUAUUAUAAAACCGGCCGGUAUGAGGGCUCAGUUGGACAGUAGCCAGGUCAACCGACUCAAGGAAGAAGAGAACAGCGAAGUUGGAAGGCCGGCUUCUAAAAUUGUGGCCCAGAUCCUUCCCUGGUCCACCCCAAUCGAUGGCAAUCACGCAGUCCUGUCGACUUCGCUUUGCCAGAUGCUUGGUGCAGGAGGGAUGGUCGGACUCAUUGUCCGGGUCCAGGCUACUGGGCCACCCUUACCCCGUUACUCUAUCAAAAGGUUUCAAUUCUAUCCGUUUCUGCCCGUGAAUUCGAAAAAGAAAGACGGCCUCCAAUUUGGCGGAGAUUCGAAAGCAGCUAAACAAGCGCUGGCCGACAAGAUCCGACUAACAUUUGCUGGAGAUGAAGGACUGCUAUCUGGGCCAAUCACUGACGGAAUGGUCCUUCCACCCUCUGGAGAUUCCUCCUCUGCAGCAUCAUUUGAUGGCGGGAUUCUGAGAUUUCGUCGCCCUGCCGAGGUCGAAGAAGAUCAUGAUAAUUCGUGUUUAUGGGUGCUGGGACAAGAGCAAGACCAUGAAUUUGAAAUCAAGGCCGAAGUGCCCCGGCCUCUGGAGCUGACGACCAUGUUUCCCACCUUCGCCCACGGAAUACCUUCCAAACUUCCCACUUUGAUAGGUGUCGACGGGAUCAUUAGGCAAUGCCUUUCAAAUUUAACCCUAUGCUCUUCUGUGCUGUUGACCGGUGGAGUCGGGUCAGGCAAGACUUCACUCGCACAUUGCAUCUCACAGCGGCUUAGGGAGGACUACGUUUUCAAUGUGACGUACUUUGAUUGCCAGAAACUGGUGACGGACGAAACCAGGGUCUCGACAGUGAAGGAGACUCUUACGAGGCUGUUCAUGUCAGCGUCCUGGUGUGCACGCUUGGGCGGACAGUCAGUUGUCGUGCUGGACGACCUGGAUAAGAUUUGUCCUGCUGAGACUGAACUCGAGGUCGGCAACGACAACGGCCGCAGUCGCCAGAUCACCGAGGUUCUUUGUGCUAUUGUACGCCAAUACUGCAGCAUUCAUUCUGGCGUUACUAUGUUGGCCACCGCACAAUCCAAGGACUCGCUCAACAGCAUCAUGAUUGGAGGCCACAUAGUAGGUGAUAUAGUCUCCAUCAAGGCUCCUACAAAGGAAAUCCGUCGAGACAUUCUUGUGUCUCUCACAAAUGAUGGAUGGCAGCUCAAUAACCGGGGCCACAACCGCAACCAAAGUGAUACUCAAAGCAUGUCAGAGACUUCCUGGAUGGAUCCAUCAAACCCAUCCUCAAGGCCGACGUCUUCUGCUUCGUCACCACCGGCUGAGGGAUUCCGCGUUGCACCCAGUCUCGACUUGCUCGAUGUCGCCGGGAAAACUGAUGGCUACAUGCCCGCUGACCUCGUCCUUCUCCUGGCUCGCGCCCGAAAUGAAACUCUCACCCGUAUGAUAUCAGAAAAUGACGACUCAGAUGCACCACCGACCUUGACGAAGGGUGACUUUGACGCGGCAUUAAAGAACUUCACGCCUUCUUCCCUCCGCAACGUGACGUUGACCCACUCGACCACCACAUUCUCCUCGAUCGGCGGUCUGCACGACACCCGUAACACCCUCCUCGAGACACUCCUUUAUCCAACAAAAUACGCACCUAUCUUUGCGCGAUCUCCUCUCCGUCUCCGCUCAGGGCUAUUGCUCUACGGGUACCCCGGCUGUGGGAAGACACUUCUCGCCUCUGCCGUGGCGGGUGAGUGCAACCUCAACUUCAUCUCUGUCAAAGGCCCGGAAAUCUUAAACAAGUAUAUCGGUGCCUCUGAAAAGUCGGUUCGAGAUCUAUUCGAGCGCGCCCAGGCUGCGAAGCCAUGCGUCUUGUUCUUUGACGAAUUUGACAGCAUUGCGCCGAAACGAGGACACGACUCCACGGGCGUGACAGAUCGAGUGGUCAAUCAGAUGCUUACGCAGAUGGAUGGUGCCGAAGGACUUGAGGGAGUCUACGUGCUGGCGGCCACCAGCAGGCCAGACCUGAUUGACCCGGCGCUUCUCAGACCAGGACGGCUGGACAAGAGUCUGUUGUGCGACAUGCCAGAUAUGAAUGAUCGACUGGAUAUUUUGACGGCGGUCAGCGCGAAACUACGGUUGAAGCCCGAGGUACAGAAUCGACUACUCAGCGUUGCACAGCGCACCGAAGGCUUCAGUGGCGCAGACCUUCAGGCGCUCAUGUACAACGCCCAUCUCGAGGCCAUCCACGACUUGUUAGGCGACAAGCCAUCCGACCGGGAAAAGGGUCGGGAACUGGUCAACGGUACCAACAACAGCAGCGGUGGCAGCAGCUCAGGCGGGGGUGGGAAGCGCCGCAAACACCACAGCACACAAGGGAAGCACGAUUUCUUCCACUUUCUGUAUUCGGCCGAGGAAGACGCCCUGGCAAGGAAGUCACUGGGCACGGGGGCCUCGACCAUGGAGUCGAAAGCGGCCAUUGCCUCGAAGAUUGACGAAUUGAAAUUGGCGCGGAAGCGUGAAAAGGCGGCUCUGAAGAGCAGCUUCGCACGCCGGGCACCUUCCCACGACCUAGGAGGCUCGGGUGGAGGAGCUAGUGGUAUCUACGACGGCACGGCGGACGGAGACGCCGACGGCGCCGAGGCCAAUGGAUCCCGCAAGGACGAGGUGGUGAUUGAGUGGCGACACAUGGAGAAGUCACUGGCGACGACACGCAGCUCCAUCAGUCCCGAGGAGAGGCGACGGUUGGCCGCCAUCUAUCAGGAGUUUGUGGUCGGGCGAAACGGCGAGAUGCCCUCCGGUCAAGGCGGCAGGGAAGUCGGGGGCCGGACGAGCUUGAUGUAG